GUAACCAACCAAUCGCAAUAUUCCACUUUGCUGAUCUGUCACAACAACAUUUAUUUGACUUCAUGAGUAAUUAAUAAAAUCGUUAUCUUUGCGUGUCACAAAAUUUCAGGACUGGAGAUGAUAAGGAUCGUCUUGCUGUUUUGUCUGGCACUCCAGAGCUUAGGCAAAGUUGAUGCUUGGGGAAAGAUUAAAGGCAAUGUCAUUGAGGAUGCUAAGACCGGUAAAGGCUACCAGGUCUUCAUUCCAUGGGUGGACAGCUCUCCCAAAGCCAAAGCGGACCCUGUCUCCAUAGAGGUAGAAUCAUUCGAGUUUAAAGUGGAAUGCAAAGAGUUUGAAAACGAAAGUCCGAGAGCAUACGUCUACAACCCUGGUGGCAUCCUAUUAGACAUUCUGGUCUUAGCCCCUAUCAAGGAAGCCUGCGCUAAGAUCACUAGCUACAUCAGCCCAUUGAAGCCUGGAAAAAUUGAUGAGAAUGGAAAAGGGGCGGAAAAAGUGUUGACUUAUCCAUCGGAAGUGAUUUACCUCAUGGCAGGGAAAAACCCAAGGUGUGUCAAGAGGUCAUACACGAUAUGGGAAUAUACCUUCAUGGCAUAUCUGGAUCUUGACGAUUACCCGAAAACAGAAUGUCCGGAUUCUUUAAAGAGUAUGGUCGACGGUGGUGCAAAGUCUGGUGGAGUGGUGAAUCUCCUAUCACCGGGACAGUAUUCGAGGAUGGACUACACAUACAACCUAGACAAAAAGGACGAAGACCCUAAAACCAACAUUAUUGAAGAUUUCGCUGGAAAAUGGUUUAAGUUCAUGUGCAUUGAAGACACUUUGAAGGAUGGAAGUAAACUAGCUACUAGUGUAUUGAUUCAUGAGGAAUACAGCGAUAUUGUGCUAGACAAAUACGUGCUCGAAACUUGUGAAUUCAAAGGCAUAAACGUAAAUCGACGGAUCACAUUUUUUGGCAACGAUCGUUUCAAAAUUGUAUUUAGAAAAGUCGAUGGAAACUGCUAUGAAAUAGAUAUCAAUAAGUUGGAAAAGAACGCCCAUAUGAUUUACUACGACCGCACACAGAUGGAAAAACGAGAAGCGGUGAGAGUAAGAUGCCCCAACAAAUGGACAGGAGACAUAGGUUUGAACAGGAACAUUCCAUUGUACUUGAGGCCUUUUGUGAAACCAAAGAAAUACGAAGGUAAACCACCAAUGUUUCUGUAGUGUCAUUUAGUGCAUUGAUUAAACGGAUGAAAUAUAACA